CCCUGCUGGCUCUUGACCGAUUCUCCCAUCUCGUGUAUUUUCUCCCUCUCCUCCUCCUCGUCCGCCUCAGUUCUCCGGUACCUUCAAGCUAGUCUACGCAAAAUCGACUUGCAAUCUACGUCGUACGAUCUGAUUACGCUCCGCCUUUGACCUUCCCCGCUACCUGUCCGCCUUCUCACCAUGGCCUCCCACGAUGAUGACACCAUGCCCGAGGAGACGCAAGGCUACAAGCUCUCCCAGCCUAAGCAGAGCUUGGCUGAGUACCAGCAAAUGGAUGCCGGCGAUGAGUCCCUCCAGCGAUACAAAGAGUCCUUGGGUCUCGGCGGCGGCAAAGACAUUUCCGACCCCAACGACUCCCGCGUGUGCAUCAUUCUGAGCCUCACCAUGGACUCGCCCGGCCGCGACCCCGUCACCAUCGACCUCUCCCGGCCCGGCAGCGAAGCCACCAUGAAGGACAAGCCCUUUAAGAUCAAGGAGGGCUCCAAGUUCACCAUGAGCGCAAAGUUCAAGGUGCAGCACGAGAUCCUCAGCGGCCUGCAUUAUGUGCAGGUGGUCAAGCGCAAGGGCAUCAAGGUGUCCAAGGACUCGGAAAUGAUUGGAAGCUACGCACCCAACACUGACAAGCAGACCACGUACAUCAAGAAGUGUAAGCGCGCCAUAGGCCUCUCUGCAUUCUGGCCCCAGCUGAUAGCCUGCUAGUUCAAGAGGAGGAGGCGCCCUCGGGUAUGCUUGCCCGCGGCCAUUAUAAUGCCAUCUCAAGCUUCGUCGACGACGACAAGAAGAAGCACCUCGAGUUCGAGUGGAGCUUCGACAUCGCCAAGGACUGGUGAGGUGAUGCCGGGCCCGCAUCUGAAUGCCACCGCUGGCAUGCAUUGAUGUUGUUUCUGUCGUCGAGCGUCAUGAGAACACGAGUAUACCAGAUCCUCAAGGGCGCGGAAAAGUCGGCGUGAUAUUUCGCCUCAUCAUCUGCAGACACAUGCAAAGAGAAUAAAGGAGCCAUGUUUCAUAUCGCCAUGACAUGCUGGGUGUCGCUUUGUUCCCAUGAUGCGCCACCGACUGGGUUGUGCAUGAAAUGAACGCCCCUAGGACUAUAGGAAGUAAUCAGGUAGGGCGUUUCCGUCUGCCACCUUCUCGUUA